AUGGCCGAUGAGGCAACCAAGAAUGUUACGCAACUUGCUGAUCAGCUCGCCGAGGGCUUCACGGCGUUGAGUGGAGAGUACCAGGCUCUCUUCGAUCAGCAGAAACAGCUGGAGUGCAAGCUAUCCUGGGCCAAGCAGCAGUAUCUCGACCUUCUGAAGCGCUUCACGCCGAGCACCCUCUCGCAGGAUCAUAUUGCCUUCCUUCAGGACCUCGAGCGUGUAGCUGAGGAGCAGCCUCGGGCGCGGUUGAACGUGGUGGAUCUGUUGGCUCAGGGCGAUGACGUGGAGCGAAAGAGUCGGGCUGUAGUUAUUAGACAGGCUGAGGUCGCUGCGGCUGCCCUGCGUGCUCCCACCGAGGAUGCUGGUGUCAGAAUCUGGAGCGGCCCUCAAGCGGACCCACAAACAAUAUCAUCGAAUACUCAAACGAGCAGUGUCACAUCGCCCAUGGAGAAAGACUUCACAGCACUUGGAACACCCAGUAAGCUUGGGUGUCCAUUCGCAUCGGGAGCUGGGAGAGGCAGUUCGCUCGCUACCCCGCGCAGCUCUACUUCAAGGCUGAGCUCGCGAGGCAGAAGGUCAAAACGACCAUCAUUCACCGACCCUAUUCGCGCUGAAAUCUGCGGAAACAACCCGUCUUCACCCUCUGUUUCCGUCGAGGGUUCUGCCGUCGUAUGCCCCAUCCGAUUCCUUGACCAGCAUGAUCCUGAGGAAGUUGCAAAGUAUUUUGAGAAGCACAAGCACGAGCUGCCGAGGAGUCACGAAGUCUGCAUCACUCGCUUCCAGAGUAAUCAAGAAAGCAUCGACCAGCUGGACCGCAAAUAUGGCAAUAUCGUCAACAUGAUACAAGGGUUGGGUCAGAAGCACCAAGCUUGGCUGCCGGAAGAGCCGGAAGACGCGAUCGAGGAAGAGCCAGAUCAUGAAGGCAACCCGGGUAUCAAAGCGGAUGCCAAGGUCACAAAGUGGGCGAAGGCUGUCUCGGACAGUCUGCAGGGUGUUGCGUCACCACCAGAAGACAUACCGCAAGAGCCGGCUGCAGAGGAGGACAGGACGAGCCACUUCGAUCGGCCACUCAAGGAUGUCAGAGUGGGCGAGUCACCAAGUCGGCCAUGGGGCAUCUCGAUACCCGCCAAGUACACGAACGCCGAAAGCUCGUCCUCGGUCGGCUCUGCUGCCACUGCCUCUCCACCAGUGCCGCUCAAGACUGAUCGCGAGAUUGGUGAGACGCCGCAAAAACCGACUGGCAAGUGUCCGUUCGACCAUGAGGCGCUUGCAAGAAUGCGUGGACAGGGUGCACCACAGGCCGUGCCAACUUUGCCUACGAUGCCUACGGUGGCGACUGCGCCCACGCAGCCAGGACCUAGCACAUACCGAUCACCAAGUCCAAAGCCAGAGCCUACUGUCAAGCCAGAGCCUGUGCCACAGGCUUCUCCAUCACCGCCAAGAGAACAGGAAUCUCCCAAGGUCGUUCCUCAGAUGGUCUUCAAUGGUCCAGUCUUUCUUGGAUACCCCCCAGAGCAGCUCAUCGCCCUGUUGCAGAACAGCAAUCUUGGGAGUGCAUUUCGAGGAUCCUAG